CUAUCUCCAGCUGCCUGACACUGGCUUUAUGUCUCUGUGACCCUCAUUUCUUUUCGGUCCCCUGCUGACUCAGUGUAGGAUUCCUAUCUGUCUACCUGAUCCCUCCCCUUCCUCUCUGAAGCCUGGGUCUCUGUAAUCACUAAUUAUCUGUCAGACCCUUCUUCUUGGAGCCACCUGGAAAGAGCCAAUACUGGAUGCAAGCCAGGCCUGGGACCAUGGCAGUACCCAGUCUUUGGCCCUGGGGAACAUGGCUGCUUAUGAUCCUCUUCUCCUUGGAAUUUGGCCUGAACACGCUAGAGGUGUGCCCCAGCCUGGACAUCCGCUCAGAAGUGGCAGAGCUGAAGCGGCUGGAGAGCUGCAGCGUGGUGGAGGGCCACCUGCAGAUCCUGCUCAUGUUCACGGCCACAGGGGAGGACUUCCGAGGCCUCAGCUUCCCGCGCCUCACUCAGGUCACUGACUACCUGCUGCUCUUCCGUGUCUAUGGCUUGGAGAGCCUGCGUGACCUCUUCCCCAACCUAGCAGUGAUCCGAGGUGCACGCCUCUUCCUGGGCUACGCGCUGGUCAUCUACGAAAUGCCACACCUGCGAGACGUGGGACUGCCGGCUCUGGGGGCUGUGCUGUGUGGCGCUGUGCGGGUGGAGAAGAACCAGGAGCUUUGCCACCUCUCCACCAUUGACUGGGGUCUGCUGCAGCCUGCCCCAGGCGCCAACCACAUUGUGGGCAACAAGCUGGAUGAGGAGUGUGCUGAUGUGUGCCCUGGUGUACUGGGUGCAGCUGGAGAGCCUUGUGUCAGGACCACCUUCAAUGGGCACACUGACUACAGGUGCUGGACCUCCAGCCACUGCCAGAGAGUGUGUCCCUGCCCCCAGGGGCUGGCCUGCACAACGGGGGGUGAGUGCUGCCAUACCGAAUGUCUUGGAGGCUGUAGUCGGCCAGACGACCCUCGUGCCUGCGUAGCCUGCCGCCACCUCUACUUCCAGGGCUCUUGCCAUGGGGCCUGCCCUCCAGGCACCUACCAGUAUGAGUCCUGGCGCUGUGUUACAGCAGAGCACUGUGCCAGCCUGCGCGCUUUGCCCAGCCGUGCAUCCACUUUUGGCAUCCACCAGGGUAGCUGCCUGGCCCAGUGCCCCCCAGGAUUCACCCGUAAUGGUAGCAGCAUAUUCUGCCAUAAGUGUGAGGGGCUAUGCCCCAAAGAGUGCAAGGUGGGCACCAAGACCAUCGACUCCAUCCAGGCAGCACAGGACCUGGUGGGCUGCACCCACGUGGAGGGGAGCCUCAUCCUCAACCUGCGCCAAGGCUACAACCUGGAACUGGAGCUGCAACAUAGCCUUGGCCUAGUAGAGACCAUCACAGGCUUCCUCAAAAUCAAGCACUCCUUUGCUCUUGUGUCUCUGGGCUUUUUCAAGAACCUCAAACUAAUCCGGGGAGACACUAUGGUGGAUGGGAACUAUACCCUGUACGUGCUGGACAACCAGAACCUACAACAGCUGGGGUCCUGGGUGACCUCGGGGCUCACCAUUCCUAUGGGCAAGAUCUACUUCGCCUUCAAUCCACAUCUCUGCUUGGAACAUAUUUACCGACUGGAAGAGGUGACUGGGACUCGAGGCCGGCAAAACAAGGCUGAGAUCAACCCCCGCACUAAUGGAGACCGCGCUGCCUGCCAGACUCGGACCCUUCGCUUUGUGUUCAACAUGACGGAGGCUGAUCGCAUCCUGCUGCGCUGGGAGCGCUAUGAGCCACUGGAGGCCCGUGACCUGCUCAGCUUCAUCGUGUACUACAAGGAGUCUCCAUUCCAGAAUGCCACUGAGCAUGUUGGUCCAGAUGCCUGUGGAACACAGAGCUGGAACCUACUAGAUGUUGAGCUGCCCUUAAGCCGCACUCAAGAACCAGGGGUGACAUUAGCCCCCCUCAAACCCUGGACACAGUAUGCAGUGUUUGUGCGGGCCAUCACACUGACCACUGCUGAGGACAGCCCCCACCAAGGAGCCCAGAGUCCCAUUGUCUACCUCCGAACCCUACCUGCAGCCCCCACCGUGCCCCAAGAAGUCAUCUCCACGUCCAACUCUUCCUCCCAUCUCCUGGUGCGCUGGAAGCCACCGAACCAGCGCAACGGAAACCUCACCUACUACCUGGUGCUGUGGCAGCGGCUGGCUGAGGAUGGUGACCUCUACCUCAAUGACUACUGCCACCGUGGUUUGCGUCUGCCCACCAGCAACCACGACCCUCGCUUCGAUCGCGAAGAUGGAGUACUGGAAGAAGAGACUGAGCCUGGCUGCUGCCCUUGUCAACACUCGCCUCCUAGGCAGGUCCUGCCCCAGCUGGAGGCGCAAGAGGCCUCAUUCCAGAAGAAGUUCGAAAACUUUCUACACAAUGCCAUCACCAUUCCCAAAUCCCCAUGGAAGGUGACAUCCAUCAACAAAAACCCCCAAAGGGACUCAGCGCGGUACCGCCGGGCCUCUGAGCCCCUCAGACUAGGGAGCAACAGCUCGGACUUCGAAAUCCAAGAGGACAAAGUUCCCAGGGAGCGAGCGGUGCUGAGUGACUUGCGCCACUUCACGGAGUAUCGGAUCGACAUCCACGCCUGCAACCACGCGGCGCACACCGUGGGCUGCAGCGCGGCCACCUUCGUCUUUGCACGCACGAUGCCCCUCAGAGAGGCCGAUGAUAUACCAGGGAAGGUAGCCUGGAAAGCUGCCAGCAAGAACAGUGUCCUCUUGCGAUGGAUUGAGCCUCGGGACCCCAAUGGACUCAUCCUCAAGUACGAAAUCAAGUACCGCCGCCUGGGAGAGGAGGCCACAGUACUGUGUGUGUCCCGACUUCGAUAUGCCAAAGUUGGCGGGGUCCAACUGGCUCUGCUGCCCCCGGGAAACUACUCUGCUCGAGUUCGGGCCACCUCACUGGCUGGCAAUGGCUCCUGGACAGAGAGCAUCGCCUUCUACAUCCCUGGCCCAGAGGAGGAAGAUUCUGGGGGUCUGCAUGUUCUGCUCACUGUCACCCCCGUGGGACUCAUGCUGCUCAUCAUUCUUGCUGCCCUUGGUUUCUUCUAUGGCAAGAAGAGAAAUGGCACCCUGUAUACCUCUGUGAAUCCGGAGUACUUCAGUGCCUCUGAGAUGUAUGUCCCUGAUGAGUGGGAAGUGCCUCGAGAGCAGAUCUCCAUAAUCCGAGAGCUGGGCCAAGGCUCUUUUGGGAUGGUCUAUGAGGGACUGGCACGAGGACUGGAGGCUGCAGAGGAAGCCACACCUGUGGCCCUGAAGACGGUGAAUGAGCUGGCUAGCGCGCAGGAACGCAUUGAGUUUCUCAAGGAAGCUUCCGUCAUGAAAGCAUUCAAGUGUCACCAUGUGGUACGUCUCCUGGGUGUGGUGUCUCAGGGACAGCCAACUCUGGUCAUCAUGGAGCUAAUGACCCGUGGAGACCUCAAGAGCUAUCUCCGAUCUUUGAGGCCUGAGGCAGAGAACAACCCUGGGCUCCCACAGCCGGUCCUGGGAGAUAUGAUGCAGAUGGCUGGUGAGAUUGCAGAUGGUAUGGCCUACCUUGCUGCCAACAAGUUUGUGCACCGAGACCUGGCAGCCCGCAACUGCAUGGUGUCCCAGGACUUCACCGUCAAAAUUGGGGACUUUGGGAUGACCCGGGAUGUGUAUGAGACAGACUAUUACCGCAAGGGUGGGAAAGGGCUGCUGCCUGUGCGUUGGAUGGCCCCCGAGUCUCUCAAAGAUGGAAUCUUCACCACACACUCGGAUGUCUGGUCCUUUGGUGUGGUACUCUGGGAGAUCGUGACCUUGGCUGAACAACCCUACCAGGGCUUGUCCAAUGAGCAGGUGCUCAAGUUCGUCAUGGAUGGCGGUGUCCUGGAGGAGCUAGAGAGCUGCCCCCUUCAGCUGCAGGAGCUGAUGUGUCGCUGCUGGCAGCAGAGCCCACGCCUACGGCCUACCUUCAUCCACAUCCUAGACAGCAUACAAGAAGAGCUGCAGCCCUCCUUCCGCCUCCUUUCCUUCUAUCACAGCUCAGAGUGCAAGCGGGGCCACGCCUCCCUGUUGUCUACUGAUGCAGAGCCCAAUUCCCCCACCGCUCCAAAAGAUGCUCCAGACUGCAGCCCUCAAAAUGGGGGUCCAGGACACUGAAGAUUCCCCCACCCCAGCCUAUUGGCUUCUCAUGGGCAAAUAGACCCUGACCUUUAUGACCAUGAGAU